GCGCUUUGUAACUAACGUCAGUUUAUUUUCUUUUCUUUUUCUUUUUUCUCUCUCUCUCUCUCUCUCUCUCUCUCUCUGUCUGUCUCUUCUUUUUUUUACCUUUUUAAAGGUAUUAAACUGCGCGUUAUAGGCGCGUUAAAAAGUCCACGUUAGUAUAGUCGUCUUCUUUCUAAAACUAGUCUCUAAGCUGACCGCUAAUCGCAAUUAGCUAAUAACGACAAAGGAGAAAGCGAGGAAAAACGAGUCGUUUCUACCUCCUCUCCCUUCCUACCGUCCUCCCUCUCCUCCCUUCUACAAUGACGACGACGACGACGACGACGACGACGACGACGACGACAACAACGUCGACGUUGAGGACGAAGAUGACCAACAAUGAUUUCGUUGAAAACAAAUAUAAAAAGAGAACGGUUUUCGAAAGCUUUUUAUUACGCUCGUUCAUAAUCAUAAUUCUCCUGCCAAAUCGCAAAUGGCCCUAAGCUAAAGAUAGGCUCGUCAUAGUCAUAGAGAUAGAAAGAAAGAGAGAGAGAGAGAAAGAGAGAAUUGGUGCUAGUGCAUCGGUGCAAGGGGAAUCUACGACGACCUUGGCCUUACGAGUUUAUAUAACGAGGAAACGAGCGAUACGCGAGCUCAGUCGUGCCAAGGGUGAGGGAUCGGGCAGCGAGUUCUUUCGUUUGCUUUUUCACCGAUAGAUUUUGAGAGGGUGAAGGAAAAAAAAAAAGAAAGAAGAUAAAAGAAAAAGAAAAAGGAAAGAUUUGCUCGAUAAAUCUCAUCGUCAUCGUCGUCGUCGUCUUUGUCAUCAUCGAAAUGUCCGAAAAAAAAUCGUCCUACGACGAUUUUAAAUUUCGAAGAAGGUUGGGAUGAAUCCUUAGGGAAAGGGGAUCUAUCUAUUUAUCUAUCUAUCUGUCUAUCUAUCUCUUUGCCUGUAUUAGUUCAGUGUAAGUUUACGAAGGAUUAAAAAAGGAGUAGAAGGUUUUAAGGGAUUGAAGAUUAGCAGUGAACACGCUAAGACACACCCUCCUCUAUCAAAACCUUCGUAUUUAAAGUUGGAUGAUCAUGACAACGACGACGACAAUGUCGACGAUGAUGACAAUAAUAUAUAUAAUUUUUACAAUCCUCAAUCUGAUCGUUCAGAUUAAUUGCAAAUGCAGUUUAACAUCUAAUGUCAACGGUGAACAAUCUAUUGCAUAUGCCUGUACUGAUAGCGAAUUGAGCGACCUCGAUGAAAUUUCAAACGAGGCCGAAUGGAUUGAAUUUUCUGUAUCCCGAAUACAUACAAUACCCGAUGAUACAUUUUCGAGAUUCCGCAAUCUCAAAAGAUUGUCAUUUUAUAAUUGCCACAUAGAUUCAAUAUCUCGUAAUGCCUUUCGCGGAAUACAAUUGUUGGAUUGGCUUAUAUUCUAUGGUACCAAACUUCAUGUAGCUAGGACCGCUUGGUUUCAACAUUUACCAAACCUGAGGAAACUCAUUUUGCAUAGAUGUGGAAUAGUCUACAUAGAAGCGGACGUUUUUCGAUCGCUAUCAAAAUUGGAAAUAUUAAGUUUGUACGACAACGAACUCGAUUGUAUUCCUAUUGACGAAUUAACAUUCCUCAGAUCGUUGAGGAGCAUACGAAUAAAUGAAAAUCCUUGGUUAUGCGAAUGCAAACGAAAAUUAGAAAGAUUCUUUCGCGAGCGACAUAUUUUCGAAAAUGUUGGAACUGAAGAAAAAAUUAUGCCUGUAUAUAAAAGUUCGCGACAAUGUAUGGAAAAGAUUAAUAUUUUUGUUAAUUCGAGACAUCCGACUAAUUCGAAUACAAAAAUUUUGGAAGAAGGAGGAGAGUUUCAAACCUCGACACUUCGUUCGUUAGACCGUCUUCCAGAUAAAACAACCUGGAUCGAAUUGUCCGACCUAAAGUUAGAUGUAAUUCCGUCCUAUACGUUUUUCCGGUUUGGAAAUACCUUAAGAAGUUUGGAAUUUCGCAAUUGCAUUAUCGAAAAAAUCGAACCAAAUGCAUUUGCUGGAUUAUACAAAUUGGAACGUUUGUCGUUCGUUAAUAAUGAUUUACCAAGAAUAGAAACUAAUUGGUUCCGAGAUCUCGUUAAUUUGCAUAGAUUGAUCAUCGCAAGGAAUGAGAUAGAAUAUAUUCAUGAAUAUACCUUCUGGCAUUUGAGAAAUAAUCUUAAAUAUCUUGAUAUACGUAAUAAUCAUUUACGUUGUUUAUCGAUCGAAGAGAUUAAAAGAUUAAUAAAAUUAGAUAGAUUAGAUGCUACUGGUAAUCCAUGGAAUUGUACUUGUCGUGAGAAUUUGGAAAAAAUUCUAUUGAAAAUGAAUAUUGGAUUUGAGAUAAGCGUUGGUAAAUGUUACGACGACGAAAGUCAAAUAUUAUCUGUUAUAGAAGAACGACAUAGAAAUCAGACGAGCGUAAAAACGAAUUCGAUAACUGGAAGCAUACAUUGGGGAUCGUUCGAAGAGAGUUUGAACGAGAACACAAAUGUUAGCGUAUUAAUACCAGUUACAACGACAAUGUCUACGACCCAAGUAGAAGUAACACAACAAUCAACAACCAAAUUUAUUAAUACCAGUAAUAUUAUUACCACAUUAGAACCUACGAUACACAAUGGAACCUGUACUUUGGAUAAUAAUUCUCAACAAGUAUAUAUUUGUACUGGUUUGACCUCAAUCAAUCCGGUGAAUUCAAUAGAUAUCAGAGCAGAAGAAAUUAUAAUUGUUUUGUCUAAUAUACCGGUAAUACCACCAGAAUCUUUUCAACGUUUCAAGGGUUAUUUAAAAAAAUUAGAAUUUCAUGAUUGCGGAAUCGAAAAAAUUGCGACCGGUGCCUUUAUCGGACUCUACAAUCUCGAGUAUCUAUCAAUAUAUAAUAACGCAUUGGAAUCAUUUAAAAAAGAUUAUCUGAUAGGUCUGACGACGAACUUGAAAUAUUUAAAUCUUUCAAGGAAUCGUAUAUCAAAGAUCGACAAUGACGUUUUUGAUCUUUUCCCAAAUCUCAUCGGGCUCGAUAUUUCCGACAAUGCAAUGAAUUGUAUUGGCAUAGAACACAUAGAACAUCGAUUGGUUUAUUUGAAAUCGUUCAAAGUAAUUGGUAAUCCUUGGAGUUGUCUUUGUAGUGUCAAAUUGACUGAAUUUUUGGAUAAACGAAAUUUGCCAUACGAUAAGAAUACAUUGAUCGAUAAAUCGGAGUGUUAUGGUACACGCGAAUCAUCCUCGACUGUCUCGCCAUCGACACCAUUUUUAACGACAAAGCCAACGUUGAUUAUAACGAGUACAAAAGAAGAAGAAACACCGAGUACAAUAGAAGGUGUUUGUACUUAUCAUAGAAAAGAUAAUAAUGAAUUUACAUACGUUUGUACAGGUGGAAAUAUAUUACUUUUUAAUACGAUUCCAAAUGAGGUAACGGCUAUUGAGUUUCACGAAGGACAUUUACCACGUUUACCUGCUGGUACAUUAUCAAAAUUCGUUAAUUUACGUAAAUUACUUAUUAGAAAUUCUGGUUUAAGUACAAUCGAGCCAAAAGCAUUCGACGAUCUGAAGGAACUUAAAAUAUUGGCUAUACAAGAUAAUCCAUUGACUAUGGUCGAUGGUACCUGGUUGAAUUUGAACGAACUCGAGAGACUCGAUUUACGUGGUAACACGAUAAGAUAUAUCGCACCGCAAUCCUUUCGUAAUCUUUCAAAAUUACAAUAUCUCAAUUUGGAAGGUAACGAUUUGAAAUGCAUAUUUACGAGUGAUAUAAACGAAAUGCCGGAAAUUCAUAUAAUAGAAUAUUCGGGUAAUCCGCUUAAAUGGAAAUGCAGAUUGGAAUUGGAGCAAUUUUUGGAAAUGCGUAAAAUUAAAUUCGUUAAGAUCGAGAAAUCGUGCGAAGGAAAGACAUAUAUGAGGAAUGUACUUUGGCAAAAUCAAUCGGUUUAUUACUACGAGGAGUGUCAGUCGUGUUCGUCAGGUUCCAGAAUCAAAUUCUCAAUGAUACUGCCAAUGUUUAUUAUAUAUUUAAAAUUUUAUCGUUUAUAAAUAACAAACAAGGGCGAUCACGAAAAAUGAAAUGCGAUCGAUAAUCCAAUUUCUGAAAUUUAUGAACGUCCUAUAAGAGCAUACGAUAGUUUCUUAAAAUCUUCCAUAUUGAAAAGUUCAAAGAAUUCGUAUGAAUUUUUCAAGAAUUAGAUUUUAAAACAGAAUCUCGAUCAUAUUGUAAUAUUGAUUAUUUAUUAAUCCAAACGAAAAAAGAAAAAAGAAAGAGAAAAAAAACAACCAUGAUGUAUACCGAGUAUAUUUAAAAAAUAGAAUACUUACAGAUAUUCAACAAUGUUGCUGUAUAACACGCUUAAUAACGUUGUGAUGUUAAUGAUUAUUUAAUUAAUCGAUUAAUUUAUUCUGUUCAUUAGAAUUUUUAAAUAAUUAUUCAUUAAUUAACGGGACCACCGAAAAACUUUAACCACCUUAGUAUAUAUAUAUAUAUAUACUAAAUCUACUUUGUGUGCAGGAAAUCAGUUGAAAGCGUAAUAUAUAAUAUAUUUAUUUACUUAUUAUUAAUCUACUUAUUUUAUUUUCUUUAUUUUAAUAUAUAUAAAUAAAUUUUUUAUUUAAAUUAUUUAUAAUAAAAAAAUGAGAUCUACACAUAUAGAAAAAAAGCUGUGAAAAAAACUGCCUGUUAUAUCGGCCCAUAUACAAGGCCCAAAGUUUUAAUCUAAUUUUAUAUAAAUUAUAGUUUAUUUUUCUUUC